AAAAAAAGGCACGGCGGAGAGGAUGAUAUCCAUCUCCGCGAUCGAGAUCCACCACUCGAUUGGCUCCUCGUCCCGCGAGAGCGAUGCUCCAAUCCUCUUGAAUCUUAAUUGCUUGCAUCUGCCGGUCAGGCAAGUGAGGAAGAGGCGGAGAAGAUGGCGAUGGUGGUGUUCCGGGCUGCUGCUUCGGCGACGACGAUCGCGACCGCCGGUCCUCGAGCUCCCAUCCCCAAACCACAGGAGCAGCCGAUGAAGAUUGCUCGUCGACGGCAAUGUCAUCCUCGGCAGCGGACUCCUGCCGCGCUCUCCUUUGUUGCCGUCCUCUCCGCCACCGCUACCGGCGAAGCCAAGGCUUUCUCCGAAGACAUAAUCUCUUCUCUCGCCAAGGCGGAGGAUGCGGUUGAUGCUGCUUCCACAGUUUGGGGCUUCUCGCUUGACGUGUUCAAGACGUUGAUAGAUACCCUAAAGCCGGGGGUGGAUGCUGCCCUGCCAAUCUUGCAAAGCGCGAGCAAUGAGGCACUGAGGGCAGCCUCUCCGGUUGUUUCUGACGCUUCCGAGCAAGCCAAAGAGGCUCUUCUGAGCGCCGGAGUUGAUCCCAGCCCUGUUGUCUCUGCCGCACAGACAAUUGCAGGUGCAGCACAACAAACAAUAAAAAUCAUCGAAGUAGCAAAACCCAUAGCCUCAGCAACUGCAAAGACAAUCACAUCCUCCGAUCCCUCGACCCUGGUUGUUACUGCCGGAGCAUUAUUUGUCGGAUACCUUCUUUUACCACCUAUUUGGUCAGCACUCCGUGGCUACCAAGGCAGUCUCAGUGCUCCUCAGACACUAGACCUGAUCUCUGCACAAGAUUAUGUACUGAUCGACAUAAGAUCAGAGAAAGACAAGAACCGAGCAGGUGUUCCUAGCCUACCCUCGAGUGCCAAGAACAAGAUCAUCUCGGUGCCCUUGGAGGAGCUCCCGAGCAAGAUCAAAGGGCAGGUGAGGAGCCCCAAGAAAGUCCAAGCUGAUUUAGUGGCGAUGAAGAUUUCCUACCUCAAGAGACUCAACAAAGGAUCCAACAUAGUCAUCCUUGACUCUUACUGUGAUAUGGCCAAAACUGUGGCGAGGACGCUCACCGAGCUCGGCUUCAAGAACAGCUGGGUGGUGGAGGAUGGGUUCUCCGGAGGCAGAGGUUGGGUGCAGAGUAGAUUGGGGUCGGACUCGUACAAUGUGUCGCUCGUCGAGGUUCUUUCUCCGUCGAGGGUGAUCCCUGCCGCAGCAAUUCGAUUUGGCACCGCUACUAGUGCUGGACCAGCACCAGCAGCUCCUCAGUCGACUAGGAAACUUCUUCCAGGAAGAAGUGUCGAUAACUGAACGUUCUUGCAGUCUUUCAAUUCUUUUGUAAAAGGAAGUUUUCACAAUUUGUUCA